CAGAGACAGGUGCCCGUUCCAAUUAGGCUUUACACGAUGUCCGACCUGGAUUCAGUAGGGGAAGAUUCAGACAAGAGGGUCAAACAGGUGACCGACCCCCAGGGUCUACCGGGGGACGAGGCAGGGGGAGCGGAGGGUGUGGUUGAAGGGGGUCAAAAUGUCUUCUACUCCGUGGACUCGGUGCCGCCUGUCUAUUUGAUGGUUCUUUUCGGACUACAGCAAGCUUUGAUGACCCUGGGUGGGACUUUGUCGCUCCCCUUUAUCUUGGCGUCAUUGUUCUGUCCAGAAAACGAGAACGAAGUGCGCGCGCAGCUCCUUAGUAUCACGAUGUUUAUGUGCGGGAUCGCUACCAUUCUACAGUGUGUUCUUGGCGUGAGGUUGCCAAUUAUACAAGGUGGAUCCCAUACGUUCGUUGCCCCGAUAGUUGUGAUGAUGACUUUGGACCAAUUCAAAUGUCCAACAAACGGAAUAAAUGGGUUGCACGGUAACCACAGCCUAGCUAUACCCUGGGAGAGGAGGAUCAGAGAGGUCCAGGGUAACCUGAUCCUGGCAUCUAUCACCCAGGUGGUGGUGGGGGGCCUGGGUCUGAUUGGACUGAUCCUGAGGUUUGUCGGACCCCUCACCAUAGCCCCCACUAUAUCCCUCAUCGGACUGUCCCUCACACACGUGGUAUCUGACUUCUGUGACAAACAGUGGGGCAUCGCUUUACUAACAGUGGCGUUGUUGAUAUUGUUUUCAAAUGUCAUGAACAAGGUGCAAGUUCCAGUCCCGUCCUUCUCCUUGAAAAGGAAGUGUCACAUGACCACGCUUCCGAUCUUCCAGCUAUUUCCAGUGGUCCUGACAAUUGCCAUCGUGUGGCUUUUCUCUUAUGUUUUGACUGAGUUGGAAGUGUUCCCAAACAACAGCACAGAACCUUCUUUCCAAGCAAGGACCGACUCCAGACUCGACAUUCUCUACGACUCAUCGUGGUUCCAAUUUCCUCUCCCUCUUCCUUUUGGAAUGCCGACAUUCAGUGCUGCUGGCUAUAUGGGUAUGCUUGCUGCCACUCUGUCAUCCAUAUUUGAAUCCGUUGGUGAUUAUUUUGCCGCUUCUCGCUUUUCUGAAGCACCAGUUCCGCCUCCCCACGCAAUAAACAGAGGCAUCUUCAUAGAAGGCUUUGCAAGUAUCAUAUCUGGUCUAAUGGGAGCGGGCCACGCGACAACAUCGUACAGUGGAAACAUCGGGAUCAUUGGAAUAACAAAAAUAGCUAGCAGGGCGGUGUUUGUAACAGCUGGAGUCCUGCUGGUUCUGUGGGGUGUGGUGGGGAAGGUUGGAGCUGUCCUGGCCUUGAUUCCUGACCCCAUUGUUGGAGGGACCCUGCUACUGGGGCUCGGAAUGGUGGCCUCUGUAGGUAUAUCAGUUUUACAGUUUUGUGAGCUGUUCUCUACACGGAAUAUCACGAUCAUAGGAGUUUCUUUCUUGAUGGGUCUAAUGAUACCACAAUGGCUGAUUGAAAACGAGGCUAUUGUCAAAACAGGUUCUGCGGAACUGGAUCAGGUGAUCAAGGUGCUAUUCGGAACUGCCUCCUUCACGGGAGGUUUCAUAGGUUUCAUGCUGGAUAACACUGUUCCUGGCACCGAGUACGAACGCGGAUUAAAACGCUGGGUGGAAGUGAAGGGUUCCCAACAAAAGGGGGACGAGGCGACCCUUUACUCUUUCCCUGUUCUGACGUCAAUACUUGAGAGGAUGCGGUGCUGCAGUUACUUCCCCCUUUCUCCAACCUUCACCUCGUGUAGGAGACCACGACACUUGAACUAUGAUGUUAAAAAUGAAAACAUUGAUUUAAAAGACGUGAAAACAGUUUAAUGUAAACCCCCCACUGUGAGACCUUCGCAGUGUAAUAAACUUAAUUAAUUUAAAACAGAAUGUAAGAGGGCUGUAAACUUAAAUUGAAUUUAAAAUUCAAGAAUUUAAUUUGAUUUUUAAAUAUUUCAGCGUAAUAUUUUACAUGAAUGUAGAACCUGUACAAUGAUAUCGCUAUGUGUUAUGCAAUUGCGAUUCACUGGUAUGUAAAUAAAAAUUAUAUGUUGCUUUUUUAAA